AGAAUCUUGUUGCUAUAGUGGGGCAAUGUAUUUUCCCCAAUUAUCAUAUCAGGGAUGACGUGACACCUUCUUCACAUUAAUACCUCUGGUUCUCUUCGAUCACGUUGUUUUCCUGUGUGUUUAUCUCAUCCUCAUCGAAAAGGGUGCACUUCUUUGUUUCUCCCUCUUCACACUGGUGACGCAGCGUCUUGAUUCUAGCUCUCUCUUGUUAUGCACGCGUGUGUGAGGUUAAGGGAAAACAGGAGAGAUGCAUCAGAGAUUGUAUUUAUAGUUAGAGAGAGUUUCUGUGCCAUCUGCUUAUAGUUAGAGAGAGAAAGAGAGCUUGUCUUUGUCUUGGAAUAGCACAGCCCUUUUCUGCCAUGGAGGCAUACAAACAGUGGGUUAGGAAGAACAGAGAAUAUGUGCAUUCUUUGGAGAGCUUGGCUAAUGGCUUGACAUGGUUUCUCCCCGAGCGCUUCUCGGCUUCAGAAAUUGCGCCGGAAGCUGUUACUGCAAUUGUGGGUGUUAUAACUGCAAUUAACGAGCAUAUAAUUGAAACCUCUGGUGCCCAAAUGAGAAUGGGCCCUCAAGAGCCUACAUUUCCUUGGUCCUUAUGCAUAUCUACAGUCAAGGACUUGGAGACCUUGGUUGAAGUUGUUGCCCAACAAUAUUAUGGAGAUGACAAGAAGUGGAAUUUCAUUGCUGUUACAGAGGCCUCCAAGGUGUUAUUGCGGUUAAUUUUGCUGCAACAAAGUGGAUAUAAGAUGCUUUUUCAUGGUGGGAUGUCACCAAAUGUCGAGGAUCCACAUAAUUCGGGCUCUCAGGCAAAUAAUGGCUCAGGCCACCCUAGAACUGGUAAUGUUCCGAAUUAUUCAGUGCUUCAAACUGCAAGGCCUGGUGGGUAUCAUGGGCCUGGCUAUCCCCAAGGCUUUUACAGUUAUAAUCCUAGAAAUGUAGAAAACAGAGCAUUGUUUGCUUUGAAUAAAUUUGGGGAGAAUGCGAUGACGACGUCGAACCAAUCCUGGUUGAAUAGGCCUCACCAUCUUUCUGAUACAACCACCAAGCCUCCUGCUCCAGCAGUAGCAAAGCCAACAUUGGCUUCCAUCUGGUCUGAGAAAGGACUUCAUGGUGUACUAUUUCUUCUUGGAGAGGUGCUCUUCAUUACAAGGCCACUUGUUUAUGUCCUAUUUAUUAGAAAACAUGGAGUGCGGUCGUGGAAACCUUGGAUGCUGUCUUUAGCUGUCGACUUUGCUGCAAUGGGCAUUCUUUCUUUUGUCACAAAUGGAGGGAAGCAUCAUAUUCUAUCUAGCGAGGAAACUAAUGAGUUGAAAAGAAGAAAGCUGUUGUGGGCGCUUUAUCUCUUGAGAGAUCCCUUCUUCAGCAAGUAUUCACGGUGCCGUAUUGAGAACACUGAGAAAUACUUGAACCCCAUUCCGCUUGUUGGAUUUCUUACAGCUAAAUUUGUUGAGCUUAUUAUUGGUGCACAAACACGAUACACUUACACAUCAGCGUCAUGAGAGCAAUUUGAGGGGAGUCAAACAUUAUUGUGCAGAUUUUGUGUCAUCAAGAAACCAGAAGAUUCCAUGUACUCGUGCUAGAGAACGACGAUUCAAUAAGAUUCAACGGCAUCAUAAACUGAUUGAAUUAUGUAAAAAUAAGACAAUAGGACUAUAGCACUCAUGGCUGUUAAUUUACUCCUGCAUAUGAAGAAUUGUCAAAGUGCUAUAUCAGGUGCUGCCUAUUUAACAUCAGCAUCAACAUCUAAAAGUGGAAAUGGUGGAGGUCACCUAUGCUAAUCUGUUAUUUGAGAUAAAUCUGAUUUUGUGGUCCACCAAAUGCUCAUCAUUGGUAGCACAAAAGAGCAGACUUUGGCCUGAAGCCAUGGACCAAUCUAAAGGAUCGCAUAUCCAUUUCGACCUGUCAUGCAAGGGAACUUGAUUGUCCCAUAUGACAAUUUCUUUUUAAUUUAUAUCUGUUUUGCAUCUGUUGUAGCAAUAUUGGGAUACAUAUGUUGAAUGCACUAUAUAUUUUGUACAAAACUAGGGAUAUUUCAUGCAUUAUUUACAAGAUUAGUGCAUUUUGGUGAUUUUAAGACUUAUUCAUUUAAUGUUUAUAAAUUUUCCAACGGGCAUGCCUCCAUAAAUAUGAGAUAUUAUAAAAUUCUUCUGUCAUUUGCAUGUCCAUGUCCAUAUGACAUGUUUUUGUAUUCAGAUUCGGGAACCAUAAAAGAGACAUCUUAUAAUGGUCUGUGGAUACCUAAAGAAAGAGGCGCCAACACUUCAUUGUUGAUUUGCAUCAAUAAGUUUCACAUUGAUUUUGGAUUUAGUCUUUAAAGUGUGAUAUAGGCCAUGAAUGUCCUUAGGUUCUGUUUAAGUUCCUGUUCAAUGUUUCUAUGGUCGUUUUCUCCUACCUCUUAUGUACAAUAAAAUCGUUGGUAAUACUUACCAUUAUGAUUGGUUUGUGGCUUCUAGGGACUAUUAACUCAGUUUGACUUAGUGAAAAAUACGUUCACCGUUUCAUUGAAGAAAGAGGAGUAAUGCAGGAGAAUACAGGCCAAGGAUGAGAUAAUUUGAAGAAGAGUGAGUUAAUGUACAGGCUCUCUCAUUCAAAGGCUAAUGCCUGUUAAAGAUGUGAUUAUAACCAUUUCUUAAAAGUGGUGAUGCUUCCAUUUUCAAGCAUCCUUUAGCCACUAAAGAAAGUUGCAUUGGUAGGGAUCAAACUUUAAUCCUCACAAGGUUAAAUGCUCACAUUACCAUCUAGGAGAAAGGAUAGAUGCUUUCACCUAAUUAGUCUCCUUCCUUUUACUAAUUAAUGGGUCCGGUAAAGGACUCUUUUGCAGCUUGAUACCAUAUUAUGCGGAUUACCUCUUAUCUUUUUAGGUUUCUAACAUGUACGAGGCCUUUGGACAUACAUGAUGGCUAAGUUAUGAGGUCCAGGCGGGUGGGGUGUUUGUAUCAGUCUGGUGUAGGACCAGUGCUUCGCUAAUAGUUUUAGGGGGCAUUCUGAUGUUUUAUGUCUCAUGAUUAACAUGGAUGGAGCAUCUAAGGGAUGAUUCUAAUAAUCCAUGAAUGAUUCUCUAUGAUGGAUUUGGUUAUGCUUGGAGUUUCUGAGGCAUAUGGCGUUUGCUUAGUUCAAUCUGAUAUCCCCCUUCCCAACUUCUGGUUUCCUAAUGAAUAAUGCGGAAUAGGUCCACAAGCUCAAAUGGCUUCUGGUGAGCUAGAACAUCAAGUCUGAUUCUUGUUUUUCUGAUUUUGAUUUCUGGUUUCUCCUUGUAACAGAAGAAGGUGCAGCUAUCUCCUUAGGCCACAUUCCUGAACUCAUUCUACAUAUCCUUUCUUUGGUGGUAAUGACAGGGUUAGGAUCCCAGUAAACGACAGCUAGCUUAGUGGAAAAGAAAAAUAGAGGCAGCCGGGAUGUGGCAGCUGCUUUUAUUCGGAGUUUGUAUUUGGGUUUACUUUUGGGUCUUGGAAAGCCUUGAAAGUUUCUUUGUGACUCAACAAUCAAGAAGUUUGAGUGGAGGUUGGCUCUUUUGAAAGGUCAAUUUUUCUUCUUGGAAGGGGCUCAUCACUCUUUUAGAGGCCACAUGUAUAAAUUCCCACUGCAAUAACUCGGUUUUGGAUGAGUAUGUCAGCAAUAGAUUAGGCAGACGAACUAUGAAGCGAUCUCUAGUAGAUCGGAAGUGAAAGGGUUUUAAAUUCACAUUGGUUAGUUAGGAGGUACUUGUGUCAAAAUUCUGAAGAAGGAUGGUGGUCUAGGGAUAAAGAGGUGAAGAGCGGUGAUAAGGAGCGAGAUUAGUUGUUUUGGGAACUGGGAAAGAGGGAUGAAAAUCUUUAAACUAAUUAUCAAAGCGGAGUCUUUGUAUGGGUGUGCUGGGUGUAUGCCCUCUGUCAGAGUGUGGGUUGGCUGCAAUGGUUGGAGUUCUUUUAGGUUUGUCAAGGGUAUUAAGUGCCAUUGGUAUAUUGCGUGGAGGAUCUGUACUUGAUGGCAUCUGGUUGGUUGAAUUUCUUCAGUUUUAUUAUGUACCACUUUCUGAGGUGAUAGCAUUAUCCCAAAAAGAAUCUCUUGGGUGAUAUCCUUGUUUACAUUUAUGGUUCAUUAAUUAGGCCCAAAACCAACCUGUUGUAGAUAUUAUUCAUUCAGGCGCAAGGGGAUAGUAUAUUAUGUGUUCAGCAAAUAAGCGGCAUCAUUCUUGUCUACAUGUGGUACUGCAAAAUGAUAGUCCAUAGGAACCACCAUAUUCUUGAACUUCAAUAUCUCCGCUUCUAUGUCUGAUAUACCUAUAAGUUAUUGGCAAAAGGUCAGAAACUAUACCUGCUAUACUCUGCCUCUUUUAUCACCUUCCUAUACCAACAAUGGAAAUAUAUCUAUUGCAAGAAAAACGUUUGUGCAAUUUUAUUUUAUUUUUUCCACUAAGAGAAAAUUCAGCUACUUGGGGAUAUGUUAUUUGGCAUGGUAGAAAGUUUUAUGAAAUUAUGCAGAUUUACUGCUUCAAAUUCAAACAUGAAUUGUUCUCUCUCAAGCUAUAAGGUUUGAUUGGCGGCUUAUGAGUUUUCAUAGGACUAGGAGUGAGUUAGAUGAGGUAUUAGUUUGUCUAGGAUGACCUGAUUAAGAAUUAUGAUGCUAAUGUCGUUUAAUAAUGGCAUCUCUUGAAUGGAUGUAAGGUGUUUCAUUAUUCACAGACAACAUGCAAUACCUCAACUCAAGUAUCAUAUUGAUGAGCCGAACAAUGUCUUCAUGGAGAAUUGUUGGAGGAUGUGCAUGGAAGACCUAGUUAUAUUGAAUACAUCUACAUGAUUGUCGGAUGGAAUGUUUGCCAUUUCUGUGUUCUCUUUGAAGCCUUUACAUUCCCAGAUAAGUGUGCUUUGACUUUGUUUUGAGAAAUUUUCUGAUGUCACUUGGGCUUGCUUCCGACGAUGCUCCUUGGGUUUGUUCCUUUUCCAUUGGGACUUUCUCAUUAGGCAUCGUGGUUCUCCGUGUCUAUGUUGAUGGUAGCAUGGUUAUAGGUGAGACUUGCAAGUGUUUCUUCAUCUAAGUAGGACUUUAAGGGUAUGUUUGGUAACCCUCUAAUAUCCUGAUAUUACAGGAUAUCAUAGAAUCAAAAGUAAUUUGAAUUAUAAAAGUUGGUGGACCACGUUUGAUAAGAUCAAAUCAUAGUAUUUAAUAUCCAAAUAACUGUCUAAUAUUUGAGUCUCCAAAAUUCAGCUCUGAGUUGAAAUUUUGGGAUACUAAAAUUUUAUGGGCGGCAUUUUGUUUCUCUAUCACUUCACAGGGCUCUCUCUCUGUCGUUCACAUAGAGCCUGGGUCUUCUCCUGUGCCAGACAACCCCUCUUCUCGCUCUCUCUCUCGCUCUCUUGUAUCCCUUCUCUCAUCCAACAGGGGUUGCCUCUGCUCUCUUUCUGCUCCAAUAUUGGCAAUAUCUUAACUUUCUCUCCUCCUCCAAAGCCCUAUCAGCAUUCUCAUUGCUAUCCAUCAAAUCCCACCUUCUCAUCCCUUCUCUCAUCCAACGGGGGUUGCCUCUGCUCUCUUUCUGCUCCAAUAUUGGCAAUAUCUUCACUUUCUCUCCUCCUCCAAAGCCCCAUCAGCAUUCUCAUUGCCACCCAUCAAAUCCCCCCCAAAGGGUCUCCUAAACAUGGUUUGGACGCAAUAGGGUUUAAGCAGUGUCUGAAAGAGAAGCAAAAGCUUGGCUCUCUAAAAUCAUCCUAGCCUAAUUUCUAAUAAUUUCCUGCAACUCAUCAAUGGCUUCAAAGGUUGUCGUGGGAAAAUCACCGGAUUAUAACCAAAGUGGGUUUUCUCCAACAACCUGAGAGGAUUAUCUGCCCUAACGCCAAUAUCGAUCUGUCUCAAUCAAAACCCUCCGGUUCUUCUUCUUCUUCUAACUUUUUCCUGGCCAUUUAUUCUCUUGAGAACCUGUAGUAGAAGGUGAAGCACAUCUGUAAGAUGGAAAGGCUCAGUUACAGGGACCGAAGUUGUAGUGGUGCAAAGAAGCAUGUAUGGUUGGAAUGGGUAUGGGGAUGGGAAAGGGGUAGUAGCAAUACGAGAGUCCCACCAAGCAGAAGAGUGGCUACUGCAAGUACUGCAACUGCUGCUAUAUGUGGUGUAUUUGGUGGGAGAAACAUGCACACAAUUGAGUGGAGCACUUGAUCAGAGUAUUUCAACGCUAGUGGCAUCAAGAGGGUUUCAAAGUCCACACCAGGCCAGAACGAGGUGGCAAGGGUGGUUGCGGCAUGAGUUGCUGGGUUUUUGAGGAGAUUUGAUAUGGUGGAGCUUGAGAAUAUACACGGCAGGUUCGUGGCAUAUGGAACUACGGGCUUAUAAGCUUCUGGGUUAAGAUGGUAAGGGGUGAAAAGUGGCUGGAAUCUAAAGUCACAGCAAGGCUAGGUGUUGCAAUUAGCUUUGUGUUUCCACAAACUCCCACCUGGAUGACAGUACAUGUAGAAUAUGUUGGAUUGGGGGUUGCGGUUAGCUUUGGGUUUCUCUUGUCUUCUAAGGAGUCUAAUAAUUUAUAUCUAAGAAAUUACGAUCAAACAUACAUCAAGAUAAUAUAUCAUUCAGAUAUAUAAAGUGGGCAAUAUCUUUUAUUCAUAUUUUAAAAAAUUAGAAUAUUUAAAUUUUGUUUUAUCAAACAGUGCCUAAGGUAUUUCUGAAACAAUGACACUUCUCAUUCUUUCAUUCCAAAGGCACAAUUAUAGACAAAUGUUAGAUUGCAUAUCCUUGAUAUUAAUGUUAAACAAUUUGGUUAUGUUGGGCUUCAUGUUUUAGUGCAUGGUUAUGUGGUCUCUGCUUGCUACUUUGGUCAGCUUAAUGCUAUGGAGGAAGUUUGUGUGGUCGGGUUUGGACCUAAAUCUAUGCAGUCAUUAUUUUCUUUUUUUGAUAAUUUAACAAUUUGUAUUAGUACACGUGCAAAUUUCUACAGCUUUGUGGUCGUGCCAUAAUAUACUAACUGUUAAUAAAAUUAGAGUACGUGGGUGUGGGUCUCUACAAAAUUGUUAGCAAGUUUCCUCCUACGGGGGUAGUUGUUUAAAUCAAGGAAAAAUAUCUCCAUAUCCUCUAUUUUUAAAUUUCAUUUUUUAAUAAACCCAAAGUUUUAAAAAAUAUCUUCCAACUUCUAGCCACUUUAAACCUAUUUUUUAACCUGAACAAAUGUGAGAAAUACAUGCUCUUUUUAAACUCAAUCCCUUCUCUCUUCAUUUAUAUCCCUCAAACUUCUCUUUCUUUCUCUUGCUGCAUCUUUCGCUCUCUCUCCUCCCGUGUUUAUCAAAACACAUCUCUUUUCCCAUGUUUAUCCAAACACCUCUCUCUCUUCCAGUGGAUUAAACAACAUACUCUUUUUCUCUCU